AUGCCGAUCCUCGGCCGCAAGGCCGCCAAACCCCCCAACAUCCGCGUCGAAACGAGGGCCGCGCCGCCGAAGCCGCGCCCCAAGCUCCCGCACUCCCUCUCCGCCGCCUCCUCCGCGAAGGCCUCCCCGCGCGCCUCCCCGAACCCCCCCGUCAACAAGGCCCUCCUCGCCCGCAAGAAGAGCGCCUCGCCGUACCCGUCCUCUUCCGACGAGAAGCGCUCCGUCGAGCGUAAGCGCAAGGUCGACAGCGCGGGGCCCUCACAACCGAAAUUCGACAGCGACUCCGACAGCGACGUCGAGGGCGACUUCACGAACCUCGAGGUGCCCCACAAGCGCCAGCGUCUCGCCGAUGGCCAGCUCGUCGACACCAAGCGCGUGCUCACCCGCGCCAGCGCCUUCAAGGAGGGCCUGCGGGACCUGAGCAGGCUGAUCCACGCCGCCGACCUCACGAACCUCAAGACCUGUCCCAAGGCCAUGCGCGUGCUCGGGGCCACGGAGCAGGACGACGUCAGAGUCAGGCUGCAGUAUCCGAGCAUGUAUGGGCCGGAGAACUAUGAGCUGAUAUGGGAGGCGGACAAGAUUAAUUCGAUCGAGGACAUCUUGAAGGUGGUGCAGCACGUCGCCGAUGUGUACCUCACCGAGAAGCAGGCGGAGGAAUUUCGCGACCCAGACACCGGCAUCAUUCGCAGGCUGACGAGGGCCAGAAAUACCAACGACUUGCGUGGAUUCAAGACAGCUCUUCAAGAUGCGAACAGGAGGAUCCGUGCCCUCGCCGCUGACGGCACAAUACGCAAGAACUUGGACAACAUGCAUGGACUGCCGCGCGAUAUGGUACACUUUAUUCUUCGCCAGGUAUACGAGCGCACAGUCUCACCAAACGUGGAGAAGCUCAAGCAAUACAAAAACGGCACCGACAACGUGUACGGCGAGUUAGGAGAGCUAUUCAUCUCCGAGGUCUUGCAGGAAAAGACCCGCAUGACAUCGGACCAGGUCUUCAUCGACCUCGGCUCCGGCGUGGGCAACGUCGUCUUCCAGGCCGCCCUCGAGAUCGGCUGCGAGAGCUGGGGCUGCGAGAUGAUGGAGAACCCAUGCGACUUCGCCGAAGCCCAGGAGAAGGAGUUUGGUGCCCGCUGCAAGAUGUGGGGUCUGCUGCCCGGCCGAGUCAGACUCGAGCGGGGCGACUUCACUAAGAAUACUAGGAUACAUGACGCGCUCAAGCGCGCCGACGUGUUGUUGGUGAACAACCAGGCGUUCACGCCCCAGCUCAACAGCGCGCUCGUCAACAUGUUCCUCGACCUCAAGACCGGCUGCAAGAUCAUCUCGCUCAAGUCGUUUGUGAACGACCAGGGCACGCGGAACCAGAAUGACGUCGCCAACAACAUCCUCGAGGUCGAGCAUCUCACGUACGGCCAAGGCUACGUUUCGUGGACGAACGCCGGAGGUUCGUACUGCAUCUCGACCAAGAAGUAG